AUGAUCGAAGAUACUCUUCUAUCAACAAUAAUUUCGGAUGAAUGGAAUAAGAGAUUGGUCAAAGAUAUUGAUGGUGCCUUUUUUCUCGAUUAUGAUCCCGUGCUAUUUAAACAUCUUAUAAAUCAAUUACGUUAUUGGUCAUUGAAUCCAUUGGCAACAAGAGUUUUUUCUCUACCCAAAGAGAAUAAAAAUGAAUUCAUUAGUCUUGUUCGUUCUUUAAAAUUUGAUGAAAGAUAUCUGACUGACACUUUUUCAGAAAAUGUUAAUUCUAAUGUUAAAGUUAUCGAUAAUCAACGUUUAUGUGUUAAAACUUCAGAAGACCAACAUUUAGCUUAUGUUGCUGGCAAUCUUCUUUAUUUUGAAGGAAAACAUUUCAUAAAAUUAAUGCUUACAUUAACAAAUAUGCAAAUUGGAUUUAUUGGAAUUCGACCAGCAAAUCUACCAAUUGAAAUGAAGUCUACUAAAAAUUCUUUUCCAAUUCCGUACACAUUUGGUAUAGAUAAUAAGUGUUUAGUUAUGAAUGGAACAUGUACUUCCUAUUUCAGUGCAUGGCAAACAUUUACUCCAAAAAAUACUUUUCUUAUUGAACUUGAUUGUGAUUCUCGUACGAUGCACAUCACAAGAGAUCAGUAUUCCCAUUUCAAUUAUCAUCAUUUCACACAGAUUCGAUUUAUUGAUUUAACAUUAGCCCCAUUCCCAUGGCAACUUUUUAUCGUAUUGAAAGACAAAAAUGACUAUGUUCGUAUUCUAUUGUGA